ACUUGACCAAUGGAGGCGUCCUCGACAACCAAGUACAAAAGAACUUGAUAAACUUAGGCGAGAUGGUGCUGGUUCAGGAAAACCAAACUUGUUGGAUUGGUUCAAAACUUUGUGCAUAAAGGAUGCAUCUAUUAAUAAAGAAUUACGCGAUCUUUCGCGAGGUUGUAGCAUGAGAGUAAAAUCAUAUGACAUGUAUGAAGUUAAUGGGUUCAAAUUUCGAUCAGAGAAAUAUGAAAACCACAGAGAAGGGGACCUUUCAUCUAGAAAUACCGGUGUUCUUGCUCUUGGAAUAGAUGAUGCAACCAAUGAGGAGCUUGAAUACUAUGGUGUUAUUAAGGACAUUAUAGAACUUAAAUUUGAUGGUGAUGAGGACUUCAGUCUUGUGAUGUUUGAUUGUCACUGGUUUCAUCCAACCAAAGGAGUGAGACAUUUGAACAGAUUUGGCUUAGUUGAAGUAGCACCUGCUUCAACCAAUCCAGCCAAUGAGCGUUUUGCUAUUGCCAGCCAAGUGAGCUUAGUCUAUUAUGUUCCAUAUGCUUGCACUUCCUUUGCAAGUCUUCUUGAUUGGCAAGUUGCUUACAGAGUACCACCUCUAGGCAGUCUAGAAACUCCCACAGAUGAUGACUACACAACAGCAACACCCACUAAUGCAGAUGUGUUCCAAGAGAAUAGUUUAGAUGCCAAUGAUUUCAUUGUACAAGUAGGAUCACAAUUUGACAACUUCACAGUACGUGGUUCAGAUGAGGUGGUUGAUCCAACCGAAUUGUCACAUAUUAGCAACCGACAUGAUUUGGGUGGUGAACGGAUUCAGGAACAAGUUAUCGAGGAUGAAGACUAUGAUGAAGUGAUCAUUGAGGAAAUUGAAGAAGAUGAUGAUGAUUUCUAGCCCAUUUUCUAUUUAUUAUCAUUGUUUGUAAUUUGGGUGGUUGAAGACUUGGCAAGAAACACUUAUCUAUUUGCUAUUCUUAUGUUUAUCAUGAUUGUCUUGUUGGUUGUAAACUGUUCUUUGCUAUCUUUAUCUUAUUUGUUUCAAGAAUCACACAUUACAGGAUGACAAUUGGAAGAAAAGCAUCUCAACUUGCUGUAGCGAUCAAACCAGCGCC